GUUUAACUCACAACCUUACCUCCGUGUUCAUGGACUGAAGCAUCAACAACUAAUCUUGUUGUGACUUAAAAACAUCUCAACACUUUUGAACGACAAGAAGCCAAUAUUGAACGGAAGAAACUGUGUGCCCCUAACAACUCAAAAGGUAUAAAAAAAAAACUCGACCUCCUUGGCAUCGCAGUUAUCAUCAUCUUUCUUAUCUGCUGCGUCAGUUCCACAUCUGCUUACCCUAAUCUCAACUCGUUGUCAUGGAAUAUUAUGGGUGAGACCACAAAGAUCCAGAAGGGCAAGGUGUCAGCCAACCGCAAUAGCGAGGCACGCCGUGAGCAGAACCGUCUUGCCAGCCGAAACUAUCGCGAAAAGCGGAAACAGAAACUGGCCCUGCUAAAUGAGCUUUUGGAGCCCAGUAACCUUUCUAGUAUCACCGGUAAUGGUCAUAUAGAUGAUGUUCCGGGUCCCAGUGGUUCGAGUGACACCGGCGCUCCUCCAUUGCAAGGCCAAACAUUGUCUAGCGCCCCUCUGACUAACCAUCUCAUACCAUUGGAUCUUAAUAGAUUCGAUGGCACUGGAACUUAUUUUGUGCCGCAAACUUGGGAAGAUUUUACCCAGGAGUCGGUUUCAACGGUCAUUUCUAACCAACUGGUACCGGAAUUUCUGCCAGCACUUAACAAAGGCAACCCUCCCAGCCUUGGAUCUCACGACCAGUGGGAAGAUGUCAUGCCUGGGCUUAUACAACAAUCCUCAGCGUUUACAGGCCAACCCCCAGCAGACUACAUGGGCUAUAGGGCCAUAGAAGAAGUCUUUGAGGAUAGUCCAGACUCUGACCACAGCGGCUCUCAAGGAGCCUCAAGCAAUGACGAUGGUUCCCUGAAAGACAUCCUAUACGGCGUAGAGAGCCUCAGCAUUGAACAAAAACGAUCUCUUCUUCGUCAUCUACAACAAGAUAUCCGAGGACCGAAAUCUCCGUCCUCUUCACAAAACAUACUGCAUCAGACUCCUGGUCAACUUCAAGCUAUCCAAUUUGCCAAAGCAUUGUACAAGACAGCAAAUGCGAGACCAUCGCUUUUCCCAGCACAAUACACAAUGGAGCCGGGGAUAUUUGGUGCAAUAUUCGCAAACUGCUACGCUCUCGGUAUGAGGGGUGUAGACGAGAUACUCCAUGAUGAUGGUUGCAGUGUGUUCUCUGUUACCCCGGACGAAGGCCACCAUCCAUCAAAACUGUCCUUUGUGAAGUCAAGAUUCCUGGAUGUAUCAUCUGAUCUUCAACCGAUUGAGAAACAGUUAACGUUUGGACAUCAUCCUUAUAUUGAUGUUAUUCCGUUUAAAAUCUUCCGUGAGAAUCUUAUCACCGUUCUCGAUCAAGAUCCUAAUGCCAUUGAUGAAGGGGCUCUGUGCCACGAUAUUCUUUCCGGCGGUUUCACAUGCUGGGGAGCUGGGAGGAACUCACAUGGUAUGGGUGCAGGUGUGCCGUGGGACUCACGUAGUUGGGAGCCCAGUAUAUGGUUUUUAAUGAAGUAUCGUGCUUUGGCAGGUGAGUGGGAUGGUGAGCUGUGGAAGAGUGCUCGGUGGUGGCAUAGUGCUCGAGGGGAGAGAAUACAAAUAUCGCAGGGAAUAGAUAUAGGCAGCAACAUGUUUAAAGGUACACCAAGGCGAUAGAUAAUACACAACUGCUAACUUCACAA